GAGCUGUGAACCUGCCAGCAGCAGCACUCGGGAUGCUUUUAGGAGGAAUCAUCAUGAAGCGCUUUGCCUUUUCACUCCGGGCCAUCCCCCGGUUUGCUGUGGUGGUGCUUGUGUUCUCCAUCCUCAUCUGCCUGCCCAUUUUCUUCAUGGGCUGCUCCACAGGGCACAUCGAUGGGAUCUAUCCCCCCAGUACAUUGAGUUCCCAGCAGCAGGUUAAGACACCGACAGGGUGCCACUGCUCUGAGCACAUCUUUCACCCAGUAUGCGGAGAAAACAAUGUGGAGUACAUCUCCCCCUGCUUCGCUGGCUGCACAAACAGCACCACUGAUUCCUCCACUCCCAAACAAGUGAUCUACAGGAACUGUUCCCUGAUCCCUGCAGGGAGUGGGCUGUCCUCUGCCAAGACAGGCUCCUGUCCGCUCAGCUGCUCCCACAUGCUCCUUCCUGCCAUAUUCCUCAUCUCCUUUGCUGCCCUGGUAGCCUGCCUGUCCCACAACCCCCUCUACAUGAUGGUUUUACGGGUGGUGAACCAGGAUGAGAAGUCAUUUGCCAUUGGAGUCCAGUUCUUACUAAUGAGACUGCUGGCCUGGCUGCCAGCUCCGGCCAUGUUUGGUGCCCUCAUCGACUCCUCCUGCAUCUACUGGCAGAAGCAGUGCACCCAGCGCCUGUUCUGCGCCUAUUACAACAACGACUUCCUCCGCAACAGAUACCUGGGCCUGCAGAUAGGCUACAAGGUGGUGGGCACCAUCCUCCUUGCCCUCAUCAGCUGGAAGGUGAAGAGAAGCAAGGAGUACAAUGUGCAGGAGAAGGCAGCAGGGCUGGUGUAG